UUUCCAGGUGAAGAGAAGAAAGUUCCUUUGUCCAAGAAAGAUAAAAUGAAGCUGCGCAAGGAGAGGUGGCUGCAGAAAAUAGAAGAUAUUAAGCUAGCAAAAAAACUGCAAAAAGCAGAGGCAAAGAGAAAAGCUACCCCAGUCGUUGGAGAUAUGAAUCCAUUGAUGGAAGCUUUGCCUGAGCUCUCAGACCUGGUAACCAUCAGCAAGUUCUGCAAACAGCCUAAGACCCAGAUGAAGAAGACGGUGACGAACUUCGGUCAGAUGAAAUCAGCCCAGAAGCAUAAAGUUCUAGAGGAUGAUAUUGCACAGUUCCACAAGAUGCUGUCUGACCCCUUGUUCAAAGCCAGCCCUCUGACGCUCAUCGGUGAACAUCUUUCCAAAAGACUGAAGCAAGAAAGGGAGGGAGAACCACUCUAACGUCAGCACCGGGGCAG